AGUGACGUGGUAGAGUUCCGUCAGUGUAGCGGUGUCUGUCAGCCAGCCUGCCCGGGCCACCGACCGCCUUACCCGGCUAAGAGAUCCGAGAGGGGGUCGGUCCAUGACGGAGCGGGUGGAGAAGAAAAACAAGGAGGAGUGGACAGAGAAACGGCCGCGUGGAGGUGAAGGUAGACGACUAGUUGUUUUUGUUUUGUCUUCGGGACUCGGGGAACAUGUUUUUGCAGUGAUUUGAGUCCAAGCUUGGAGGGGAUUUUUCUCCUCAUUUUUGUUUUUUUGUUUUUGUCUUUCUCUGCGCUUACUCUGUGCAUCAUCCAGCGGAGCAUCGUGCAUGAGCAGCCGCACUCCUGCUGCUCUGACGCCGCUGCUCUCCCCUCCUUCCAGCGGAUAAACGUGCGCGGAUGUUGUGGUGUUUUCUGCGUUUUUGCAUCAGAUUAAACAUCUGGAGAAGGGAGGAAAACUACGAAAAAGACACGGAAAUAACCGAGGAGGUGGAGCCGAGAAAUGUUGAGUAAGUUGUGAGGCUGUGGUGUGUAACGGACACAAGGAGGAGACGCUGCAGGAGCGGAUCCAAAAACCUGCAGGUUUGGUGAGCCCGUGGGGAUGAGGACGAGCGGGGACGUAACGCAUCCAAGGUGUCAGUGUUAUUAGAGGAGGGGGAGCAGCAGGAGGAGGAGGAGGAGGAAGAGGAGGAGGAGAGGCAUUAGAGCACAGAUUGUCUCCUCAUGCAAGGAGGCGGUGAUGGAGGGUGAAGGCACCGGGGUCCUCACAUUCCGACAGCCGACCGCAGCCCUGUCAGCAGCCGCAGCAGCAGCAGCAUGAGGAGGAGGAGGUACGCAGCACUGCACGUCUCAUCAGUCCUCCACAUCCUCAUUAUUCAUUUAGCCUUCCCCGCCCUCCUCUCCCCUCCAUUACAUCCAGACAGCCACCCUUCUCAGCCGCCUUGACUAGUACCUAUCCAUCCAUCAAUCAAUCCAUCAGUCAAUCAAUCCACCCUGCCCCUUCCUUCUCCUCCCUGCAUCUUCUCUCUCUUUUCUCCAUCAGGCACUUUUUAGACCCCCAGUGGCUUCCUUAAGUGUUGCAGUGACACCUAAGGAGCCCUUGGGCAGGUGUCUUAAGCAGGUGUGUCUCUUGAAAAUGAAAAACACUUUAAUUAUGCUUUGGCUUAAUGAGGAAGGAUGAGCGUCAGUCUUGUGUCUCUUUGCUCGGAGCGGUUGAAAAUGUUCCUCCUGAAGCGACAAUUACUGUCAUCGUAUCAGGGUCAGUUAUCCUGACUGUAUUCACGUCUUCAGGUUUAGGAAACCCCCUUUUCUUAGACCUGCCAAGAAGCCAAGCCAGGGAGUUCCCAUUGAUCCAACUCAAUUAACAGCGCUUUUUAUCCACUUCAUCACGUCCAGCUGCCUGAACUAUUUGGCACUGGCGCCCAUGCGUGCUUAGGGAUAUCUGCUAACUGCUGAGAUGGACGUUAAAAUAGAAAAAAGAAACAGCAGCUAAGCUCACCAUCUGGGUAUUCACUUUGCCCGCUGGACCAUGAAAAUUUAAUAGGGUCUAAUUUUCAAACCACCUCAUAAUUUAUUGCUGUGGUGUCAAAGCGAUACCCCCGAAAGAGUCAAAGAGGAGGAGGAGGAGGCAACAACGGCCGAGCGUUCAUAACAGCCCUAAACGGAAACACUUCAGGAAUUAAAUUCAGCUGUAAAAGUUGGCAGCAGCACAGCAGGAAAGGUCGGAUCUCACAGAUAGUGAGAGCGAGAGAGGAAGAAAAUAACUGUCAUUUAAUAUUUACAACAGCUGCAGCAGCUGCCAAAGCUUUAUUUCCCUCAGGUCUUUUGUAUUUGAGCGUUAAGAGGCGAUUUGAUCCGUUGUCACAACCUCUUUAGAUGGACGGAUGAAUCCGAACGCUGAGCCGCACUUUUGCAUUUUUAAAGGGUCAGUUCAUCGAAGUCUGAACAAUAUUUUCUCACUCAUUUCUCAAAAAUCUGUGAUAAAAUCGUUUUUUGAUAAACUCGUUUUUUGACAUUUCUCAAUCAAAAUAUCAUUUUUCAGAUGGUUUUUGGUCCCAAACCGGGGGAUAUUCAGUUAAUCGUCUAAAGCACUCAAUGGAAAAGCAUUAAAUCCUCUUGACACAGAUGUUAAAACUGGUGGGCUUUUAUACUUGUGCUUGAAAAAUGACCAAAACCAUUAUAGAAUUAGUUUCUAAUAAUCCCAUCACUCAAAAAAAAAGAAAAGGGGGGGAUAAAUGGUCUUUUAGUUUUACUGCAUUAAGCAGCAAAACGUCUGUGACACAUGUAACCAGGAGCAACAUCUCUUAUCCAAAAAUAUACUUCCCUGUUUUGUUUUGAAGUGGAGGCAGAGAUCCCAGAGGUGGUCUGAAAUAGAGCAAAUAAAACCGUCUCUCAAGGUGAGGAGGUGAGGAAGCAGCACCAGGAAGGAGUAAGUGAGAACAUAUCUGUCUUUCAUUUGUAAAUUGAGUGAACUGACCCUUUAAGGAUCAGCUCUGACCCAGAUCUGACCGUCCUCCAGUGAUGAGGAGUAUAAAAACCACAGCUGCCGGCCAUCUAGUGUCACUCAUCUGCUCUGCAAGAAGACCACAACCCUUCCUCUCCCUGCGGACCUAUCCUAGUUGAGUCAUACGUGCGCCCGGUCUCUCAAAUACCCCUAAAUACAUUUCCAGCCUUUCUUACCGUCUUUGACCCGGACUUUUUUCUUAGAUAGGAGUGAGAACUGAACAAAGAGUCAGUCAGAGAGUUAUUCAAAAGGAACAAGAGCGAAAGUUUUUAGAAAGUACAAGUCUCUGUUGAAUUUUUAAUAUUUAAAUUUAACGCUUCGACUCCCUCAAACUAAAUUCGCCUGCGUUGUAUUUGGUGUGUGGCCUAAAUUUCAGAGCCAGAUUACCGAAGGCAUUGUACGACUGAAUAGAGCUGUUACUGUGUGUGUGUGUUGUGGAUGCAAGUAACAAUAAAGUGAUCGUCAAAACGGCAGAGGAGUGAGCAGUAAUGGUCGAAUGGCUCAGAUGUAUCCACCGAUCCAUCAAUUAUCCAAACAGCCCGUCCCAUUAGAGGUUGCGGGUGGCUGCGGACGAUCCCAGCUGUCAUCCGGCAAGAGGCAGACCACAAACACGGACUAAAAUAAAGAAAACAACGCUUUGAAUAGUGAGUUUGAUAAAAAGAGAGAGAGAGAUGGCUAACUAUAGCUAACUGUAUAAUGCUGCAAUAACCGGAUUAGAGCGGCUGUGUGUUAAAAGUAGUAAUCGUAAAAAUGUGUAUUUUAGCUUUUUAUCUGUAUAAGGAGCAAGUCUUUUUCCAUAGAGGCUGCCAUCUUCCCCAUGUUUGUAUGGAAGCUCAAAAUGGACAAACUUGUUGCAUUUUUGGGUCUUGUUGGAAGACUAAAACAAAUGAUAAUAAUAAUAAUAAUAAUACAAAGUGCUUUGAUGUAUAGCCAUAGAGCACAUGGAAAAAGACAGAUAAAAAAAAAAGCUCAGUAAAAACAAAAUUGAAGGCCAUUUUCAUGCCAGACAAUUCAAGAACCAUGCAACGAAGAGAGGGGCUCUUCUCAAAAAUCCCAAAGUUAUUUAUAAAGAUUUAAAUGGAGGAUAUCUAUCAAAUGUUACAGCAGCUUCUUGGACUUUUAGGCAAGAGGAAAAAAAAAAGGGGGUGAGCAAGGGAGAAUUUCACGGGAGCUUUUUGUCCUUAAAGGCCACUGUUGCAUACAGCAAGAUCUUGCUAAAUAUUCAGAUUAUUAUUCACUGUAACUUUAAAAUUAUGAAUGACUGGUUACAGCAAAAGUAACCCGCUCAUGGUGAUGCUAAGGAUAACAUUUCACAUUAGCAAUAAAUCGACAAACUAAGCGCAGAUUAUUCUAAAGUUAGCGCUAAGUAGAGGUUUAAUAUAAAUACAUGGUCAACAUAGCUCAUGGUUGAAUGUUGUUUAACAGGAAAUUCUUUUUAACCCUCCUGUGAUAGAGUUGCACCGACCUGUUUUUGAUUUUCAAUGCUUAAAAGAAACACUUGAUUAAGUUUUAUUUGCAUCAGAACUUUUUGACUUUGUCUAUUUUAACAAAAUAAAAAAUUCUAAAAGUUAGCGCUAAGUAGAGGUUUAAUAGUAAAACAUACGUUUAAGUUGUGGUUGAAUGUUGUUUAACAGGAAAUUCUUUUUAACCCUCCUCCUGUGAUAGACGCAUCUGCCUCCUCGCUGGGUGAAGCUACUGUGAGAACAGCACCCUCUGGUGAUGGGCUGCAGUAUAGGUUAUAAAUCCUGCCUACUCCAGCAAUCUCUAUGGAACUGUGGACAAACUUUAGAAAUACACAGAAUAUACAUUUUUCUCCCCCCUGGUUGCGAUGUUGACAUGUAGUUACUGUCAGACUGGUUUGUGCUCAAGUCCUCUUUUUUCUGUACAGCUCUGUUUUUAAAAGUUAUCAGGGGGUUCAUGUUUUCUGUGAUUGACACCUGAUACAGCCUAUUGGCGUUCAGGGAUUGCGUAGCUCAGCCGGGGGGAUACGCUGUUUGAGCCGAGCGUCAUCACAGCAACUCUCCGGAAUGCGUACAACGUUACUGCGGAAAUACUGAGAGCUUUUUGGCGUCAAAUCCGUAUUCAGGCGGAAGGCGGAACCAAGUUGUCCAUCGUGUAUACGGUCUAUGAUUAAUGCCUAAUAAUAAGACCAAAAACUGAAAUCACAAGUGCACUGUUGGGCACCACACUGACAAUCAGAUCCUCUUCCAAUCAUGUGAGAUUUAGGAAAUUCUCAUUUUGCCGUGUUUUUUCCCUGCACAAAAAACAACAUCGGGCAUGUCCAGACAUGUGAGAUCAGUUCUUAGAAGUCCGUAUGAGGGGUAUCCUGACAAAAAAAGGCCCAGAGGACCACAACAAAAAAUAUUAUAAGCAAUAUUUUCAUGGAUUAUGAAGCCUAACAAGAUAACCUAGAGAUGAGAACCAAACUGGAUGAUAGAGAAUUGUUUUUAGUUUAAUUUACAGCUGUUUAAGACACGGGUCAAAACCGACCCUUAGCAUGUUGGGUACGUAGUAAAAGCUAACACAGGAGGAGGGUUAAGUUACUGAAUAAUAUUAUCUUUACAUCUUCAUACUUUUAAUGGGAACACCUUUGAGUCAAUGCAAAACCAGUUGAACCAUUUUAAACCUUCACACUGUAAAUUCUUUUGCCUGCCGUACACUCCCGUUUAUCACACGCUCUGCUUCCUCGUUUGGGCACAUUAGUUGGCAUGGCAGGGCGUGAGUGAGUACUGCGCACCUUCACCUGCAGGUAAGUGGAGGUAUGCAUGGAUGUGUGAAUGUGGAGCUCCAAGUGUGCGCCUUGGUUACGAUCUAUAACAGAGAAUAGAGGAAGAAGAGUGAUGAAAUAGGGAUGUUUGAGACACUGGUAGAGAGGGAAACGUUUAGUUUGUGUGUGUGAGAGUGUGUGAGCGAGAGAGAGAGAGAGAGAGAGGGUUUGAGAGAGAGCGGAUCCGUGCGCCACUGUCAGCCAGUGAUGCUGCCGCUCCGUCACCAACAACAACACCACCCUCCCUUCUUUGUUUCACUUGUUUUCUCAGCAGCCUUUGCGAACUCUUCUCUGCAAUCAGAGGGAAAACAAGAGUUCGGAAAAAUGACAGAUUGUUGGGGAAGAGAUCAGCUGAACGAGCGCGAGGAAAGUGACCAGGACAAGGAGGGAUUAAGAUGAGGCUGUAGAUGCUCGGAGGAGAGAGAGAGAGACGUGGACUCAACUGCACCCAGGGACCGGGCCAGUGGGGCCGGCGCCCAGGGACCCAUGGGUCCAGGGGCCUGGGGGGGGGGGGGGUGUAAAUGCCGAUGCCAAUUGCACCACUGAGUGUGUGUCUGUGUCUGAAUUGACGAAUGCUCCGCCCAGGGAUGGUUUCAUUCCGGUUUUGCACCACCUGUGGGCACACGCCCUGUUUGGAGCCUUUCCAAGGAAGGUGCCGCCCGCAGGAGCUGGAGUCCAACCAAGAUACUAUCAAUGGAAAUAUGAACAAACAUGAGUUUUGCUUUCUAUGCACAAUGAAUGCAUCACAAUUCCGCGAAUGGCAGUCUCUCGCGAAGUAGUUUUUUCCAAUUGCUUUUGAAUGCACCGCCAGCGUGCACAUGGCAGCUCCGGUUAGAGGGAGAGGUCACUUCCUUAAUUUUUUGUUCUGAGUCUGCGCCGUCUUUACUUUAAAGUGACUGUUCAGAACAAAGCCGGGGACUGAAUUCCCUGGAAGAUGCUUUUAGAUAAGAUAAGCUCAGCAUGACCUCGAGAGAACAAAAGCUGAUAUGAAAUUCUUAAAAUGCUGCCACGCAGGCCAAGGCGCAUGGGCAGAAUUUAGAUCCAGUUUCCUGCUAACGUAAGCUCUACAGAAAGGAUGCUUAUGAUGAGUGGUCCCAGAGAGAGAGAGUGAGCGAUAGGAGAUAAAGUUGUCUUUAAGACAAAUGCAUUUCCCCGAGACUUAACAGUGGUGCUGCUGCCGGCUUCUUAGUUGAAUGCAAACAGGGUAGAGCCAGGGCAAGGUCUCAACUCCUCCAAGCAGUGAGAGUUCAUCCUUGGCAAAGUAUGACCCAUGUGACUUAUAGAUCACAACAAGGAAAGGCAGUAAAUGAGAGAGCUUGAAGACAGCACUGGAGAUGGUGGAGUUGUCCUAAUAUGCAGCUUUUCAGAUUUAAAGCAUAAAAAAAAGAGGAAAAAGUCUUUUUUACAACCCGGAAAAUAUUGGGAUGCAGACCAGACACUGACCUUAACUCCCUGCAUCUUAAUUGAAAAAUUCAGCAUGUGGAGACAUGAAAUUAAAAAUAAAUUAUCUACAGCUGCUGGCUACAUUUCUUUAAACUCUAAAUCUCUCUAAAAAUGACUUACAUUUAUUUUCUACAACUUGAGCAGAAAAAAGAAGUAGUGUUGAGAGAAUUAACCAGAUGGAGUUAAAGUGUAAUGAAAUACAGUUAAUUUGUUUAAUGUGCUCAGAAAUAAAACUAGUGGGUUACGGCAGAAGUCUGCAAAAUAAACUGUGAGGUCUCAAACACAACAACUACACAAAUCAAACUUCAGUUUUACUCUGUGCAGCAGCUUGGCGACAUUUUUAACAGAAAUUCAUGAGAAAAAUAUUUGAUCCGAGAAUUUAUGAUCAUAAGUAACAACUAUGAAACAAACCUUACAAAUUUAUAACAUGUAGAAGUAUAUUUUCAUAUGAACUAGUACUAGUAUUUGUAUCAGUAUUACAUGUGGCAGCUAAUUGAAUAAUCACUUUUUCUAGCAAACUGACGUUUGUGUGCUGCUAUAAGGGUUUGCAUGCACUAACUUUGUCUUUUGCAUUUUUAAUCAAUAACUAACUUCAGAAAUAAUAAAUCUUUAUGAUGAUGGUCUUUGGCUACACCCAGAUGAAUACAGUUUUUUAGAUACUCACCUGACAAUGUGUUAAAAAUUACCACAUUAGCAAUGUUAAAUGCCACAAAUAAACCUUGUACACUUACAUACCUAUUCGCCCCUAGGCCAGGCUAUAAUGAGGAGCAGCAAAGUAAUUAAACCUACUGUGCAAACUGGGUAGAAGCAAACUAGUGGUUCGCCAUCUUGGUGCAUGCACAGUGCAUUGACGACAAAUUAUGGCUGCACGAUUUGGGCCAAAAAUAAAAAUCCAGAUUUUUGUCUCUGAAAACUCCAUUUUCGAUUUCAAUUUUUGAAUUUUUAUUCAGUGCCAACUUCACCAAACUUCAUUUUAAUAAAAGUUUUUCUAUCAUCUCUCAAAACAAAACCACUGAAAACGCUGUAGUGCAUAUGCCAAGCCAGUAAGUGGCGCUGUAACACUGCUGAGGAAAUGCACUAAAGACAGAAGAAGAGUAUGGCGCAUACUUAUGAAGGUUGUUGGGACAGGCACCAUAAAAGAGUUACGCUGUGUGUCACAUGAUUGUUUCCAGAGAUACAGAUAGACAUCCACACGGAGAUGAAACGGUCGUCGUUUACAGAUUUAUUCACUCUCUGAUCCGUCUCCAAAAAGUAACAAGUACAGUCACCCAAAACGCCAUUUCCGUGUGGACGAAACGCUGAUAUGACAAAAAGCAUUUACGUUUACUCCUGAAAUCAUUUUCAUGUGGAUGGGUUGAUACCGCCUUCAGACAGACUUUGCAGCGGGGAGUGGUUUGGUCUUUAUCCGAAACUGUGAACCCGUACCAAUUCCAUAUGACUGACUUUCUCUUGUCGUAUUUAACCAAGGAAUUAUCGCCGUCUUUUGCAAACGCCAUGUUUGUUUACACUGGUGUGUUUGGGAACUGGGGAGCUCUCCUGCAGGAAGAGGGAGCCUAUGUUGGCCUGGAGGCGCAAGACAUGAUAGAGAGGAAAAUCAGUUUGAGGAUUUUAAUUUUUGUACAUCGUCAUAAUCAAAUGAUCCGAUUAAUCGUGCAGCCCUACGACAAAUGCACAAAUUCUUUUUGCAAGCUCAGAUCAUGCCAUAAAGAACGAAGUCCACUCCCAAAAAAACGCCAAAAACAUAACGUAAGGCAGCUGAAAAAACAUACAAUAUCCCUGUUUCUGUGGAUUGGGCUUUACGUUUUCCGGGUUCUUGAGAAGCAUCAGUAAAAGAUUUUUGAAGUAUAUGUUGAGUCAGCUGAUAAGACGGGAGUAUAACGUUGAAAGGGUGGAUGCAGAAGUCCCCUGGAAACCAUAAUCACGUUUGUUUCAUUGUUGAAGGAGUUGUUUUUCCCCUUAGUCAAAAAAACUUUCAAAAGUCUUCUUUUCGCUGCUGAAAACUUUUUACCUCGCCUCAUUUUAACAAUAAAAUAACAGGAGAACACAGUGGUUGAAUAAGUACUACUCGAGGCAGUGUUAUUAGCAUGAACAGGAACCUCACUCAGACACACAAUCAGUCAGGCUUGUUACCAAAGCGUGUUUUUAACCUCUAACUUCAGUGAACAGCCACUCUCCAGGUCUCACCAAGGGGAGCUGUAAUUUCUUCUUGAGGAAAAUGCGUUUCCAUCACAAAGUGGACUAUUUUACUGAAUGAAGGUCGUUGCGAGGCUUUUUGAUUUGCAUGCAUUACACACAGCGUGGAGGCAAAAAUGGCUCCUUAUUGUAAGCGUGGAAACAAAGAAAAGCAAACCCCCAUAGAGUGAUGUCUAUACCUCUCUGUACCGCUAAGACCGGAGCUGAUGUGGCCGUAACGUACGCCUAAUAUGUCAGCCCUUCGCUCAGAUUAUUGACCGCUGCAGAAUCACUGGGGCUUUAAUUAGUGCUAGUGUAACUAAUUGGCUUGCAUGGAAGUGACAUUGAUGGGAGGAAAGAAAAUGAAUUAAUGAGGAGAGGUGUUGGCACGUUAAAUGGAACGGUUGAAAAGUAUAAAUUGAUGCCUGAUUUCCGUAAGAAUCUGGCAUUUACCACCAAAACAAAACACAAAGCUUCACACUCGAUCACACACACACGCGGUCGUUCUCCUGGCGAGAGCGUGGGCGGGCGGAAGUGAGCGUGUGUGGGCUCCCUCCCUGCUACAUGUGUGUUCAUUUGUAUUUAUGCACCCUUCUGUGUGUGCUCACUUCAUCGGGAAACUCAUGUAACUAGAUGUUCGUUUAGCUGACAGCAGAAAUCUCUCAAGCGCUGGAUAUGCUUCGAUGUAAAGUAUGUUAACCUUUAAAACAAAGCCCGCCCUGGCCCCUCUCAUUCUGCUGUAAUUGCUUGCGCUGGGUAAGCACACUCGCCUGAAAAGGUUAUCGUGUUCCUUGCCAGUUGUCAUGAUGAAUGAGCGAACAUAGCUGGAAAUGAAAAUUAGAAGUUUCGAGAAUCAGACUGCUGCAAACUCGAUAGGCAUGUGCACGGAGUAAACAAAAAGGCAGAGAGGAUUGCAGACUUGCAGUUUGAGUAUGAACAGUUAUUAUGAUGCAUGUGUCUGGUGUGAACAUGGACUUUUCCACAGAGUGAUUAUGUGUGCUGUAUGUGUGUUUUGUGUAUCAUUAAGUCAGCCCUUUGUUAGAUUUGAUGUUAGUAGGUCUCUGAACACAAAAAGUGAUUAUGUGUGCAGUAUUUAGUCUGCAUAUGAUUACGGACACGACACGGAAAAUUUGUGCUUGUGCAGCCUGAUUGUGCGGUUUGGUGAGACGGAGAAUCAGCAGCGGCUUACGUGAUCUCCUUUGUGUUUCCCCUUCGGGCGCAACUCCCCCUUGGGCAACAGAUGCAACCAUUCAUGUCACAUUUUGUCAGCAGUGUUGCAUGUUUGCGUGUUGUGUGCAUGCUCCCCCUCUCUGCCCUGUUUUCACGCCUGUUUGUGGUGGUCUCAGUUAGACGGUAGAUGGCCCCCCGAUAGGCUGAAGGUGGAAGGUGAAUGGCAGGUGAAGGCUGUUAUCGCCAGAGGCCCGCUCAGGCUUCGGCACCACUGCCUGCCGGACCCUGAAAACUCAUUCUGACAGAUGCAUCUCCCCCCUUCUCCCUCGCUGUCGACGCUCAGUGGGGGGCUGAUGACACUCGCUCACCCAAGCGGCUCAGAGACGGGUUAGCCGGCACCAUGUUGAGCAAACCUGCAAUUUAUACUCGUGCCCCAGGCAUUAAGCUGGAUAAUGACAUGCAAGAGGCAACCACCAUCUCUCUAUGUCAAGCACCAGACAGCUCAGAGCUUCCAUUAAAAAAAAAAGAAACUAUACAAAGUAUUUUCAAUUCUACGCUAUUUUUAGGUCUGAACUGCAAGAUGAGUUUUUGAUGAUCUAGAAAAUGAUCUCAUUUUCUGUCAGCGUGGCUCAUUUCAGUGAGCUGUGUUUACAAUGAGAUUGAUUUAUUCUGAAAAUGUGUAUUAUUAUGUAUCUCAAUGCCACAACAUAGUUUUCAAAUAUGCAAAGUGGAGGUCUCACAGUUUAUUCAAUGCAUUAAAGCAACAGCUUUAAUACUCCCAUACAUAAAUGGUCAUGUGACAGUCUCUUUUAAUGUGUAUUGAUUAAGACUGGGGCUCGAUUAAAAAAAUCUAAUUAAUUGGAGGCUUUGUAAUUAAUUAAUCGCAAUUAAUCGCAUAUAAAUAUUUGACCUGAGAGCAGUGAGAAUCAUUUUUUUUUAAAUGGUAUACAAGUGAAUAAAUGAAUACUGAACUGAAUGAAUACAUAAGCUUAAGCAAACGAUUUCUUGCAAAGCAAAUCAGUGUGGAAAUCGUAUGUGGACACAUUGUGGAUUUUGUAAACCAGGAGACGCCCCCGAUAAAUCAUUAGAAGAGUUUGCAGAGGUGGGGCUAAGUACACUUAAUCUGACUUAGUUUUUGUUGCAGCAACCUUCCAAUCUCCCAAAAGCCUGUUAUGUUUUCUGUCUCGGUCUAAUCAAGACUCUACAAUGCUGUCAUUUCUAUUCCGCUCCACCCUUUCAAAGUUUUCACUCAGCUUACCCCCAAAAAACACCAUUUUCCAGAGUGGCGACAUAUACAGAAAGCUGUGAGAGGAGCUUUUGCAUAUGGAUGAAAUUCAUCCUUGAUUACUGUGAGAGUGUCAAAACAAACUAUGAAUAAAAUGAUUAAGAAUUAACCCCAGUUGUCCUCACAAAUGGAAAAGAUAACACAUCCGCAGCUCAGACAGCUGACAUGUGGCUCGAUGCCAGAGAAACGGAGGUGCUGUUCAGACUGCUGCCAACUCUGUUUUCUGUUUCUGUCUUUUCUUUAGAUCAGAGAGAGCAAACACAGAGGAGGUGACCCUUAUCAUACCCUGAAGGAGAGCAGACAAAGAGCAUGAUCUUGUGUUUGUCCACAAUGCCAAAGAAGAGCCAGGGAGAGGCCCCCAUGGCCAGAGUAACAUCGCCAUCUUAGCUCCACCAGGGGCCCUCUUAACUCGACUACAAGCUGCACCUGGGGGCUCGAACGUUCCCCUGACUCCACCAGGAGGCUCGCUCCAACCCAUCUGCCAGCUCAGAUAACCCUCUGACUGUUGGCAACCACAUGUUUGAGGUGACUGUAUGUGACCGCCGCCGCCGCCGCCCAUUUUCGUGCAGCAGCAGCCUCCUGCAACCCCGAUCUGCACCAUGCAGUGGAGACGGCGGCACUGCUGUCCCAUCAAGAUGACCUGGACCGUUAAGCGUUCGCUUUUUCGAACACAUGUGGCAGGACUCCUCUCGCUGGCUCUGCUCUUCACCCUCUUCUUGUUUUUCAGCCAUCAGGACUGGCUGCCGGGACGUGGCGGGCCCAGGGAGAACCCACUGGCCUACGCAGUAAGGGGCUUUCGCAGCCCCAAGGGAGAAGCAAACCAGAGCAGCUCCCUGAGGAGCCUGUGGAGAGAGACGGGAUAUGUAGCACCAAAGCCUCUGCUCAACCUCAGCUCUCAGCAGGCGGACGGAGCAGCAGGGGAGGCAGCAGGAGGAGGAGGAGGUGGGGGAGGAGGAGGAGUCUCCAGGACGGGAGUAAUGGGGCUUGGGGACACCAUGAGCACUAACAACAGUUUACAGAAGGAGAUGGGUGUGGGUGGGAGGCUCAGCGCCCAGCCAUACCGCUACAUCCUCAACGAACCCUACAAAUGCAGGGACAGCACACCCUUCCUUAUCCUCCUCAUCGCUGCGGAGCCCAGCCAGGCAGAUGCCCGCAACGCCAUCCGCCAGACGUGGGGGAAUGAGAGCGUGGCAGCGGGGCUGGGGUUUGUCCGUCUUUUCCUUCUUGGCGCAGGAAAGAGCUCAGACACAUUCCUCCAGAGCAGCAUCGAGGAAGAGAGUCUUAUUUACCAUGACAUCAUCCAACAGGACUAUCAGGACACCUACUACAACCUGACCAUCAAAACCCUGAUGGGCAUGAACUGGGUGGCCACUUAUUGCCCACACGCCACCUACGUGAUGAAGACGGACAGCGACAUGUUUGUCAACACCGAGUAUCUCAUCCAAAAGCUGCUGAAGCCCGAGUUACCCCCCAAGCAGAGGUACUUCACGGGGUACCUGAUGAGGGGCUAUGCACCAAACCGAAACAAGGACAGCAAGUGGUACAUGCCACCAGAGCUGUACCCGAGCGAGCGCUACCCGAUAUUCUGCUCGGGCACGGGGUACGUGUUCUCAGGGGACAUGGCUGAGCUGAUCUACCAGGCCUCUCUCAGCAUACGCAGGCUGCACCUGGAGGACGUUUACGUGGGAAUCUGCCUGGCCAAGCUGCGAAUCGACCCGGUGCCCCCUCCCAACGAGUUCCUCUUCAACCACUGGCGGGUGUCUUACUCCAGCUGUAAGUACAGCCACCUGAUCACAUCCCAUCAGUUCCACCCCAAUGAACUCAUCAAGUACUGGAACCACUUGCAGACCAACAAGCACAAUGCCUGUAUCAACCUAGCCAAGGAAAAGAACGGCAGGUAUAGACACCGAAAGUUUCAUGGAGAGAGGCCUCCGUGAUGCAUCCUGUGAAGACCACCCGCCUCAAAAAAGAAAACAAAAGGGAACUGGGCGCACUGUAACUACAGCCGGUGGAGGGCAUGUUGAACACACUAUAUGGGGAAAAAGCACAUUGUUUUUGGUAUCGUGUACAGUCGAUGAUCCAAACUAUUUUUUAAUUUGAGAGAAAAUGUGAAGUAUUGUAAAUCUGUCGAGCUAUUUCUAAAAAGGGAGAUUGGAAAAACCAUGUCUGUACAAUAUGGAGCAUGCACAAAAAUGCUGCUGCAGCUCAAAAAGUAGUGUUUAUGAUAAUUCAGGUGCCAAUAGACAGCUGGUGAUUUAUUCCACACUUAAUGCGAGGGCUCUCUUUUAAAGGGUAGAACGGUAUGUCACACUCUGCAAAUAUCAAAAAAGACACACUCGUGUUUACACAGAAAAAAGGGAAAUGCACAUGUACUCUGUUGAAAGUUAACACUACCUAAAUAUGAAUGAAAGUAUCUUUGACGUCGACCAGUUAUGCUGCCCUGUUUCUCAGUGUUUACUUUACAGAUUUAUCAGAGUGGGACUCUAAAGAGAUGGUUUAUGUCAUAUCCUGUAUUUUAUUUUGAGAAAAAAAAUCAACAAGAGAGCACUCAGAUUCACAUCAGAGAUGACUGAGAUUGUAUUUUUUAAAGCUUUACAUUGAGUAUGACUCUGCACUUGAGCAAAUGUGCAAUGAAUCAAUUAAUUAAAUGUAUUGAAUUCAUCUUUGGUUGCAGUUGUGUGUGAUUCAUCAUCGGGGACCUUUAGUUAAAGUCAGACUAUUUUAGUUUGUUUUGUUUUCAGCCUUUCGUCGCAGACACAGGGCUUAAUAUUAGAUAUUUAUACAUAGAUUGUAAUGAUUACACAGAAGAGAAAAUGACUUUAUCAUCCAAAUCACAAGUUCAACAUAAGUUUCAAGUUGAGUGGAAUUAAAUGUUUCUUAGAGGGAUCGAAAGGUUUAAAAACUGCAUUCAGCAACGUGCAGAUUUUGAGCAGACGUGUAGCUCUUUGUAGUUGCAAUGUUAAUGCGUGGAGAUUAUUCUGGGAUUGAUCAUUAUUCCAAUCAAUUAUUUAGACAAAAUAAAAGCACACAUCAAUCAUUGAUUAAUCACUGACUUGUUUUAAAGCCAAAAGACAUUAUGAAGAGCCGAUAAAGACCAGCUGUUCUCGCGCCAAAUAAUCUCGAUCCCUGUAAAGAGCCAGAAUUCUCUACAGUAGAAGCACUUAUAGAUGUGAUGGAGCCACUUCCCAUAAUCAACGAUGCUGUCUUCAGAAGUAUUACUAUGCCUGCAUUAAUGAGGGGCUGGAUGCAGAAAAUUGUGAAAAAUGCAUGUGAAUGGAACAAUAAUGUCGAGGUAAUUUAGUACAGGCAAACACUGUUUUCAUCUGAUUUUUGAUCAAAUUACAUUUUUUACAUAUUCAACUUGGCAUUUUAGGUUUUUUAACAAACAUUAGUAUAGUGUUUUAGCUUUAAUAAAAAAGUCAGGUAGUCAUAUUUUCAAAUCUUUUUGCCUUAUCUUGGACUUUGGGGUUUUGGACAAGUUUAAGUUGGACAAACAACUUUAAAAGUUGAAAACUGAGACCAUCAGAGGAGCGCAUAAAUGCAGCAUCUGACCAACAAAAGGAGGAAACUGUUGCACCGCUUGUAUCCAACAUGCGGUGAGCAGCUAUGCCUCCUCAAGCGCCACCUUCUGGGUAAGAUAAUAACGUCAAUACUCUGAUGUGUAUGAAAGACAUGAACGCCUUAUUCCAGAUAGCUGCAAUCCUGGAUAAGAAACUUAGCAUAGAGCUGUAUUAGCUGGAACAUGGGGUAUUGUCUACACCAUAGACUGUUUAUAGAACGGACGCCGUCCGUCUCCUCACUUAGUGAAGCCACCGUGAGAACAGCACCCUCUGGUGAUAGUACAGGUCAUAAAUCCUGCCUCCUCCAGCAAUCCCUAUGGAGCUGUGGACACACUUUAGACAGCGACUCUCCCGCCAAAUGCGUACAACACUACUGCGCAAGUGGUGGUUCCAGGAAGUGGAGAAAGUCCAAGAGCAAUUCAGCUUCAAAUUCAUAUAAUGACAGAAGGCGGAGCCAAGUUGUCCAUAAUAUAUACAGUCUAUAGUCUACACAUAAGUUAGUCUUCGACAUAGUAUUAUAUGUCUGCACACUUUAAGUUUUAAAGGAACUGUCCAUGAAUUCAAAUCAUGUCAUUUUAAAACAUUCUGAAAUUUACAGAUGAGCAAAAGCACAGAAAUAAAAUGAACAUAAGUUAUUCUAAUUGACGAACAUCAGAUCAAAGGGCAGGAGGUUUUGCAGUAUAUUUAUGAUAAUUCAUGGUGUUCAGAUGAGGAGUUUUCCUCUCUCUGUCACCACAGAAAUACUAAAUAAAGUGGCAGCUGGCUGGACGGAGAUUGCCAUUGUACUUUUGAGUGUCCGGUAAUAAACUGGUUAUUGGUUUUAAAGUUUGUUUGCCAAGGCAGAGGUAGUGUUGCAGUAACAAUAUCCAUAUCAGUGAUUGCAGUUUUGUGUGUUUUCACAGCUCUGGCUGGUCUCCUAUGCACACAUCAAGUAAUAAAAACAGGGUGUUUAUUUGAUGGAUGUCGAGUGGACAGUCAGCAUUUGUUGUUAAGUUAACCAACAUAAAAUCUGAUGUUUGCACGCUGCUGGGACUCGGUGUUAAAAGUGAUUGCUUUAAACUCUAAAUACGUCACCUGGUGCUCAUAAAGGUAAGGCAUACUUGUACACUUUACUUGAUUCUGAAUAAAUAUUGACCAACUUAAAGGUGGCUUAAAUCCAGCUCAUAAAACCUCAUUCCGGAUCCUUCUGGCUUCUCAAAUUCCUCAAACCAAAGAGAAAUUUCGUGUUUUAUGCAAACACACCCUCCCUGAUUGUUAAUGAUAUUGUACUCUGUGGACCUUGGAGGAAUGCAUUAGCUCCUAAAUGGAAAAAAGUAAAACAUUCAGAGAAGCUCAGGUCAGGUAGAAAACAAUGACAACAAGCAAUCUCAAGGCUGACUGAUGAGAAAUGAAUUAAACAUUGAACUCCUUGGUUUCCUGAGGGGAUAUCAAAUAUUCUGCUGCAAAACACCCAAGUUUAGAUUUUAAUUAAAAAUGAACGCGUGUGAUUUUGAUAGGUUGCCAGUGUUACUCCACAUGGAACUGCACUCUCAGCCUGUUUAUGCAUGUGCGUGUGUGUGUGCGGGUCCGCUCGGAGGCAAUAAAUAAAUGCACACUCCAUUGCUCAGGGCCACUAACAAAAAGAGCAUAUAUAAUUGGGUGAUGACUUUAAAUAGCUUAUAUCAGAUUAAGGCAAUCUAAAUAAACUAAUGGAGAGCGAGGGGCUCAUGAACUUUUUGCACAGACUUCACCGCAGAUCUGUCAGCUUCAUUUUAAUCAUCUCCAUGUUUGAGUGACUCCGUUCAGGGAGCUGUAAAAUGGGUAAAGUUCACACAAUGGUGUAUUUUAAGCCGCUAAGCAGCAGUAGCUUGAAGGAGGAGGAAGCUGACAGCGGAGAGAGAAUAUCAAGAUGUUCAUCUCAGAUAAAGCGAGCGGCGCGAAGAACGAGGGUGCGAUGCAGGAGCCACGGGCGAAGAAACAACAGCUUUGUUUGUUACUCUGAGGGAAGACAUGUAAGACUUCACUUCAACAGUUAUCAAGAGUUAAGCUGAUUUUUUUUCAAUGCACGAAUCACAUCAUUACCUUUUAAUAAGGUUUCAAGUCUGCAGAGGUGCAAACUGUCAGAUACAUCUCAUGUGAAACAACCUCGAUUUUAACUUUUCAGCAGGAUCUUCAGCAGUUCUUUUGAAGAGACAGAAAGUGAUCCCUAUAGUAUUAAGAGUAUAGAAUUUCCUGCUUCCUUUAAAACUGGUAUGAGACUCUUAAGCACACUCUAAAGAAAGAGGAAAAUCAUCCGCACAGCCUCCAGGAGCGUGCAUCUACAGAUGUAACAGUAUAAAGUACAGACUGUUCUGAAUUUAUAAGACAUAAUGGUGCAAUUAAGGUGUAGGUUACAGAGCCUUUUGGAAGGAAAGGAUGAAAUCAGGAGACAGGAAUGGAUGCAUGUGCACCAGGUUCUGGUUUAUCUCCGUCUGAGGUCACAUGUUCUGGUAAACUAGAUGUGUGUUUGAAGCAGGUAUACAAAAACAAAAGAUGGACAGAUUACUUUGCCUUUCUGUGGUUGAUGUGCUCCUCAUUUGGAGAUUUUCAGUGAUUGUUAGUCAUGCUUAGUAAGAGAAGGUUUCAUUUUUUGCUGGUUAAGCAAGUGUUUUAUCUCUACAGAAGCAAAUCAGUUCAAUCAUAUUUUAAAUUUUAGUUAUCAGAUUUAUGCAGAACAUAAUUAAACAGGUUUGAUUAGGGCUGGGCGAUACGGCCUCAAAUCAAUAUCACAAUAUAUUGAGCAGUUCACCUCGAUUAUGAUAAAUGGACGAUAACUACUUCACAAGUUGCUUUACUUCGUCUACUUCAGCCCCUGCUCCGGCCGCUACAACUUCUGAACCGUCCUCCAUCUCCUCACCCGUCUUUCCCUCUUUGUUACAGACUGGAUGGGGUGGAGUCACGUCUCUGAUGUAGGACAGCGUCUUAAAAGGGACAUGAGACCAUAGUCUACCUACACACAUCCAAAACAAACUUUUAUUUAUUUAUUUAUUUGUCACCAAAUAUAUUGACAUGGCCAAAAUUAUGCUAUUUAUUGUUGUAAAUUUCGGUAUCGGUAAAUUUCAGUUUAUCCCCAAACCCAAAUUUCAAGCUCAUGCAGCUACUUCCACUACAGAGCCAUGUUUGUUUUUAAGCAGUGCUGCCUUAUGGGUAAAUAGAUCCCACAUCUGGUGACACCUAUUUGCCUUAUCUCCAUAUCUUUUAAUGAUAUUAUCAAACAUUAAUCUGAAAUUGUUGGAAUAUUUGCUCACGCAGUCUCUCACCGAGUGCUAAACCUCCUCUCAUCUGCUCUUCUUAUUAUAGGCUUUUUUUGACACAGAAUAUACCGAUAUGGGCAAAAUGACGUCAGUUAUUGACAUAAAUUUCGGUAUCAGUAAAUGUUCGGUUUAUCGCCCAGCCCUAUUGACAGGUUUCUUUGCCUUUCUGUGGUUGCUGUGCUCCUCAUUUAGAGAUUGUCUGCGAUCAUUAGUCAUGCUUCUUAAAAUAAAGUUUCAUUAUUUGCAGGUUAAGUAAAUGUUUUCUUUUUAUCGAAGUAAAUCAAUCCAAUCAUAUUUUAAAUUUAAGAAGCUAUCAGAUUGAUGCAGCACUUAAUUAAACAGGUUUGAUAUUUACAAGCCUCUCCAGAAGGCUGUUAAAGUAGCACUCAUUUAUGUGCGACAUUAUUUGUACAAGAUUGAAGCGACAUCACUGUGAAACAGAUCUGCUGCAGGUACAGAGCGUACCAAAGUCCAGGGAAAACUGUUCAUGGCUCUGAAAACACUUCUGGAUGGUUUCUUUUUUAUCUGCAAUCACACGACAAAAUGAAACACGAAACGGUCCUGCUGGUACUCUGUGUACCAGCAGUGUACGCAGGAAAUCUCAACAGAAAACUGAUCCUUUCUGCUGCAGGUAAUAACACACAUGAGGCAUCAGCAGGAGUUGUGUUAAAGUUGUGGGAGUUACAUUGCAGCCCCCUCCUCCUGUUUUUUUUAAACAUUUGAGAGCACGACUGUUCAGCUUCUUCUUUUUUAGAGUAUGACACAUCAUGCUCUCUCUUUCUCUCUUUGCUUUAUUAGGAACACUCCAGUUAUGCAGGGAAUAUUUUAUGCCACACCACCUGUUUGAGGGCACAGGGCAUCAGUGAACAACCUGAACAUGAUGUCCAACCAAAGACAGACUCCUCAUCCUCUCUCAGCGGGACUCUCAAUCUUACAGAGCUUAAUUGCUAAAUUUGCAAGUCUUGGGAAAAUAAAGAUUUGAUGCUGGUCUCCAUGUCAGUUUAUUCAACUUCUAACGUGCAUUAAAAAAAGAGUCUCCACUGAACAAAAAAAAAGACUCACUGCAUAUGUUCAAACUGAAUCCAACAUUUCGACAAGUCAACAACAAGGGAUCAUAUCAACUUGUACCAAUUAUUCUGUCAGUUUUGCACAAAAAUUUGGACAGGAGGCGUCUCGAAUUUCUCAAACAGAUCAUCUUUGCUUUUCCAAAUCAACACUGCUCAGCAAAUAUGUUUGCAUACACUGUUACACCUGCAAAAGCUUCCCCCCGACAACAGUACCAUUAAAAUCUUAACUGGGACUUUCUGUUUCCCUGAAUUUACCAAAUAUGAGCAAAUACAGAUCAAGCCUUAGAAAAAACAUGACACUAUAUCUGCAAGUAUGCUCAAAAUUUACUAUAAUGUUGCACAGGAGGUCAAGUCUGGGGAUUAAGAUCCCUUUUUUUUUAGUAAGAUAAAAUGAAUCUUGCCAUAUAAAUUACAUUUUAUCUUACUAAAAAAAACGUUCCUAUCCAAGUUUGCGAUGAAUAACUUUUAAAAGCCAAACACUUUAAAGCUCCAGUGAGAAACUUUUAGUUUGUGUCAGUUUUAGUGCCCCCUGUGGACAAAACAGUGUUUUGACAUUCUUUGUUGAGGCAGCACGACUCUACAUAAUGCCUGUUGGCAAAUAGCAUAAUCACUGACUUUGGAGUAUGUCACCUUUCAGUUCACGUAUGAUGUCCAAAGACUCAGAGACAGACUUUACUUAACAUGGCUCAAGGUGGUAGAAAAUCAAAUUGGCGUUAUGUGACUGUUUGCAAUUUCUGUUUUAAUUUUGACUCUGACUGAGAAUUUUUUGACUGAAACACUGAAUUACAUGAGCAAAAUUAAAAAAAUAAUUAGUUCCUCAGAUCAAUUAUGGACCAAAAUAAAAGACACAAAGAUCAAAUGAAUAUGAAUAAAAUCAACCAGAAUCUUCUGCAAGUGGCUUAGACUAAAACCAAUUUCAAAUUUCUUGUAAAAAUUAGCAAAAAUUGCCAAGGGAAGCAAAUAAUUUAUCAAUACAAGAAGAAUAUUGAGUUAAUAAUAGUCAAUAAUGUAUUGAUAUUGUACCUCUCCGACUGGAGAAACGAUAUUCAAAACAAACUUAAGGUCAAAUUACCCGUUUAAAAGAUUUUUUUUUAACAGUUUAUUGGAGAUUUGUUGUUUCAUUUAAAUGAUGUGACCACAUUCUGAAUCCCCAAAAAGAGGACCACACUGCGUGGAGUCGUGUGCAGUAAAUUUUGAGGGUUUUUCAUGUGGGUUUGAGUGUUUUUUAUUUGCUUCUAACUCAGUUAGUCCAGGUUACACAAACUCAAAACUUCCACAGGAUGUCGGGACAAGACCGGACAGCCCCCCAAAAAGAGGACAUGAUUUUUAUUUUUGUAAUUUUGUACUUUUUAUGAAAUAAAAAGUAACUGUCCAUUAAUGAUUUCUGAUAAUAUUGUCUUUUUUUCCUAUUUACCAGAGAGACUAUAAAUAUCAAGGUUAAUUUUUUAAUAAAUAAACUAUGCUUUAUUAAAAGGGUGCCCUGACUUUCACUCACAACUGUAUGGUCACCCUAUUCUUGAAUGCAGUGGGUAAAUUCAAACUUGGCACAAAGCAGACAGACAAAUAACCACGAUGACUCUCUGUUAAAGCCGCCUACAAAAGACAGAUUUCGUCAGUCGUGAGUUGUUGGCAUAACAGCAAAAUCAAAUGCAAGUUUUUUCUGCAGGUUUAUAAAAAGUAUCAUUAAGAAAUACGCGUCACAAAGCACUGACAUAAGACAACAAGAAAAUCCAAUUUCUGUCUAAAAGCCUCCAGAACAGUGACGUUCAAAUACUCAACCAGUCCCAGGUAUUUAUCAGCCUCCAUUAGUUAUGAUUAAAGUCAGGACUCUAAGUGCAGGGAUUUGGGGAACAAGGUUUGGUGUCAUUCGUGCAUGUCCUCUGCAAUCAGAGCGCCAGAUUACCAGCAUCCGGCCUUACUCAGCCCUGCGACAAAUGAUGAAGAGAGGAAAGGGUGGGGAGGAAAAAGAAGCUGAAAGGGGUUAGAGGAAAAAUGGAGGCAGAGAUAUAUGAACUGGUCUGCUACUGGGGGAGAGGAAGGGCGUGAAGGCAGGCGGCUGUACGAGUAAAAGAGAAAAGGAUGAGGAAGGAAAAAGAGAAACAGCGUGAAGGAGGUAGUGAUGAAUGAAGAGGAAAGGAGCAGUGACUGAUCAGUAUUGAGAACUCGUGCUGCUGUAAAUGUGGUAUAAAAGGCUAACAGUGGAAACGGAUUGAGAUGUCUGCAGUGAUGGAGUGGAGGCUGUGGCCUGGCUUUAACAUCACAGCUCGCUGUUCCUCAAAA